CACACAUUCCAAGCAAACAAACUCUCCACGGGAAAAUGCAGCAAGCACUGACCUUUAGCAAUGCACAGCACUUCUCCAUCCCCAGAGGAAACGGCCGGAAUCUAUCGCAUCAUCAUGUAAGAACCCCGGCAACCGCUUCCAAAUUCCGGCGAAAAUCAGUCACAACUAUGGCAUCACCACCACGCUCAUGUGAGAUAGUAACACACUCGAUGCCACCGGAGAAGAUAGAGGUGUUCAAAUCGCUUGAUAAGUGGGCCACAGAAAUCAUCCUACCGAUGCUAAAGCCAGUAGAGCAAUCUUGGCAGCCACAUGAUUUCUUGCCUGACUCCACACAGCCGUCCGAUUUAUUCAUGGACCAAGUCAGGGCCCUACGUGAACAAACCUCUGGAUUGCCUGACGAUUACUUGGUGGCACUGGUCGGUGACAUGAUCACUGAAGAGGCGCUGCCCACAUACAUGUCCAUGCUGAACCGGUUUGAUGGGGUUGAGGAUGAGACCGGGGCGAGCUCAGACCCUUGGUCUGUUUGGACCCGGUGUUGGACCGCUGAAGAGAACCGCCACGGGGAUCUGCUCAAGACGUACCUUUACUUGUCUGGACGCGUCAACAUGCCUACGAUCGAGCGCACUAUUCAGUACCUCAUCGGUGCCGGCAUGGACACUGGACUAGAAAACAACCCAUACUUGGGAUUUGUCUACACAUCAUUCCAAGAGAGAGCAACAUUCGUAUCACAUGGCAACACAGCCCGUUUAGCGAAGGAGCAUGGUGAUCUAGCACUCGCACGCAUAUGCGGUAUUAUAGCAUCAGACGAGAAGCGCCAUGAGAAUGCUUAUAUCAAGAUAGUGGAGAAGCUACUAGAGGUGGAUCCCACAGACACCAUGUUGGCCAUCUCUGAUAUGAUGCACAAGAACAUCACUAUGCCUGCCCACUUGAUGUACGAUGGUCAGGACCCGCAUUUAUUCCAUCACUUCUCUGCUGUUGCACAAAGACUCGGUGUAUACACAGCCAAGGACUAUGCAGAUAUAUUGGACUUCUUAGUUGGGAGAUGGAAUCUAGAGAAGAUAGAGGGCCUGAGCAGAUCUGGACACCAAGCACAGGAUUUUGUUUGUGGGUUGGCACCCAGGCUAAGGAAGCUACAAGAAAGAGCUGAUAAGAGGGCCCAGAAGAUGCAACCACAAAGUGUAAGGUUUAGCUGGAUAUUCAACAAGGAGGUUACUUUAUAAGAUGGGAGAUUCACUAAGGCAGUGGAGAAAGGAGAUACUCCACAAGUUUUUUAUAAUAGAAAUAGAGGAAGUAGUAUAUGCUUAUAGGUCAAAAUUGCAAGGGCUUAGUUAUCCAACCUAGGUGCUUGAAGUUGUUUAUAUAAAAAU